CUCCACUUUCUUCUGCAUAUUUAUCGGGCGUUGGGUUCUUGGUUGGUUUGUUGGCAGCCAGUCCGAGUUCCUUGUUGCCUAUUCUUAUUUUUCUGGCCAUCUGGUCUUCAGUAUCGAGUGGGCGUAGGCUGCAGCUGUUGAUGUAUGUCUGCAGGUUGUUGGAAAUGCUUUUUGUAACGCGCCAAGUCGCUCAACCAUCACAUAUAUGUGAUGGUUGAGAGACUUGGCACGUAGCAGUAGUUCUACACUGAUUUCAGAUUAAUGAAGGCCUGUCUUUCUAUCUUUCUGAUCCUUCCUUUGACGUGUAGAAUACCUAAUUAAGUGGUUCAUUCUGAAUAAUGUCACUGAGUCCUUAUAUGAAGAUACGGUCAUCAUCCAGGUUUGUAUGCAUGUAUUACCAGUGCACAAGCAGUGAUAACGAAUAUAGUCUGAAAUGAUCAUUUUAGACCGAGCUCGACUGAGCUGGAGCUCAGUUUUCCUGUGUUAUUUGUUGCAGUGAAUAUCCCUGUGAAGAUCCGCUUUCUCUUUAAACGCGUCCACUAGUGGAAUUGGUACCGUUUGCUAAGGUGACAAGUUUCAGUUGGUGGGGAAACCCAUGCCUUUCUAUGUCCUCGGAUUAAUGAUAAAUUGGUUCGGUCUCGGUUCUUGAAGCUUUUUAUGAUGGCGUCGGAGGAAAUCAGUUCAUGCAAGAGUGAAAAUAUGAGAUACAACCACAUAAUAAUCUACUACUACUCUUUCUCUUUUCGCAAUUAUUAACAGCAUAAAACCUGAUACAUAUCUAUCUUAGUUACCGCAAUAAAGAUCAGUGCAUCCAGAAAUCGGUUAACGUAUGUAUAGUGGAGAAAUGAUCCUGAAUGUUUACUGUCUUAUGCGGUACUAAACAAGGAAAGGAAUGUAGGCGACAAGACUAUGGAAGUUUCUGGGUGAACAUCCCACUGACAUUGAUUGCUUACCACAUAGUCUUGAACCAUAAGCUGUAGGUUUCAUUGAUCUCUUGAACCCUUAUCAGAAAGCUUUUACUUCCCCAAUAUUAAUACUCAUUUCUUGGGAAAGUUCAGUAACAGGUGUAUACAUAUCUGUGGUGUAUUUAAGCAAGUAGGGACAGCUACACAAUAAACGCAUCGGUUCAAGUUACACGCAAAAAAAUUCAGGGCCGUUGGUAUGUAAUGUUUAGUAUUACUUACUGCAAAUCAAGUUCGGACAAAUAAACUCAUGGUUAUUCAUACAAAUAACACGUAAAUUGCUUGUUUAGUCCGAAGGUUCAGACUCAAAACAUUGGCUGACUGUUGAAUCUGAUUAUUGGGACUGACUUUUUGCAUUCGAGCAUCCAUGACCAUGUCGGACCCAUGGUGAAAUGUUGUAAUGACACAAGCUUCGUAACCUCGUGCGUAAUGAAAGCUCCUGUGAGAAAAAGCGAUAUUUUUGAAAUCGAAAGAAUAUCAACCGAAGAACCAGAAGUUAGGAGUUUGAUGCUAGAUCUUGAGGAUUGGUUCAAUUUAAUAGUCAAGUUGGAGAACAUAUUGAAUUGGAAAUGUCCUCGGUCAACAUUGCUCGUGUUGUCAUCGAUCACUACUUUAUUCCUGCUAAUUCAUGUAUAUGAACCUCCAGUUUUGCUUGUGAUAGGUUGUUCAGGAUUACUUUUAAGCGUAGUAGACUACUUUGGACCUCUCGUAUUAUCGAGAAUUUUCAUCAAGCCUCCAAACUAUGAAGAUAAUUGGUGUUAUUGGAAUUUCUGUAGACGUCUGGUUCACAUACGUCAUGUACUGAUCAACUUCUUCAUUUUCGUACAUAGAGUUCGACAUCGAAAUUCAGUCUUACACUUUUUCACCAGUUCAUCUCUUUUGUUUAUAGUUGGUUUCGUUGGACUACAUAUGAGUGACUUGCUUUUAUUUUACUUGUUGAUUCUGAUGUGCUUCGUUGCUCCAAAGCUUCAUCCUAAAGGGAUACUCACGGUAAGGCCUUUUGCAAUACGUAAUCCGGUUCAAAAGAAUAAGUUAUGGACUGAGGCAUAAAUAAACCUUGGAAAGGUUUAUUUAAUACAAAUACAGGAAUCGGUUCAGAAAGAACCUAACAUCGCCAACGCCACAUUGUCUGUUUAUAACCAAGACUCACUUUGUUACUAAGACAGCGUAAACAAUGUACUUACGGAAACGUUCAUGGAUUUUCAAGUAUGAAGUAUAGAUUAGUGUGACGCUGACAAAAUGCAGGGUCUUGCGAACGCGUUUCACAGAAAUCUGAGCAUUUUUGACAUGCUUUUCGCAGCUGUCAAAUGUAAGAUGAUGCUUCAGGACUGGUCUGGAACUACUCCCAGCUUAAUGAUAGAGAAUGAAGUGGUGGAAUAUGUCAACUACUUCACUUACUCGGAGAGUUGCACCAGCCCGAACGGAGUGGUUGCUGAUAAAAUCUAAGCUGGUAUACAGAAGGCCCUUUUGUCAUUUGCCAACCUACAUCAUCUUUGACACUAACUGGCGAGACACCCGCUAUCUAUCAAAGAACGAGUAUACUGCACUGCAGUUCGUUUUGUCUUGUACGGCUGUGAAACAUAACCUUUAAAAGUAGGAGAUAUGAAGCGGUUACAGGGUUUUGAUCCUGGGUGUCUUCGCAGCAUUGCUCGCGUUUGUUGGAAUCACCGUGUGAACAAUGUUGAGAUCAGACGAAAGGUACUAGGCGAGACAGGCUAGUCGUUGAUGAGGUUAUGAGCCACCAUCGACUGAGAUGGCUUGGAUAUGUGUUGUGCAUGUCGAUCCACCACCUACCUCAACGUGCAAUGCUAGAAGAAGCUGGAUGAAGUUGGAAGAGGGUUCAGGGUGAUCAGACCAAGACGUUACACCCGUCGAUGAAGUCUCUAACUAUUGGUCUGAGCCGUGUUGGGAGAUCUAGACUGCUUGGUUGGGGUCUCCGAGACGAUAGGAAUCAGUAGUUGUAGAGUCUUAGUGAUAGGGCUGGAAAUCGGCUGCAUCUGUGCAGAUGUGUUCACUCCUCGACGUCUUCUAAAGCUUGAAUAUCUGCACUAACAGUUAUCUUCAAACUGUUUAUUCUGUUACACAACUUUUUCGUCUUUGAUAUCACUCUUUUUCUACCCGCUUCUUUACAAACUAUUGUGAAGUGUGAGUGGUUAGGUUUGGGAGCAAAUCAACACCACACUUAGUAUUUUUCAAAAGCAACAAACUUGGAUUCAAUUGAAGCGUGACACGCUAAAACACCCUACUUUGUAAUUAAAAUGUACUGGUCGUUUAAGUAAUAUCAGCACAGCAAAAAUUUCGUCGACAUCCAACUUCUCCGUUAGGAAAAAUUAAUGAGUAAGUUUACGAAUGAACAUUACGAAGUAAUAAGGAUAUGAUUGCAGAAUGCGACAGUCUUUUGAGAACGUAUCCACUGGUGUUCUCAAAAUUGUACGUUUUAUGUGUGGUGUGACCCGUUGAUGAAGUGGUCAUUAUGUUCUCUUCUAGUUCAAAACAGAAAGCUUUUAGAUGAAAAAAAUGACUCCAUGUAAACGCUUGCUGUUAUCUCUCCUUACGCAUCCACUGACUACAGUUCCGAUGAAGUUAAAGGUGAGUCCUACUAAAAACUGUAAGGGGUGACAACUGGAACGAUGAGCAGAACACCUCAACUGGCCUCCAGCUACGUUUGCGAUGCUCGCUAUCCGGUCGGAUCCUGAAUGGAACACUAAGAUAGGCUCCUCAACACAGAAACCGAAAGGUAACUUGAAAGGAGAACCGGCAGCAAGACCAAACGCACUAGUUCCUGAGGUAUAUAAGGACAGUGGUAAAGUGUUUCUAGUCAAGUUAACUGAAGUGUUAACUAAUUUACGAAAGUCAAAUAUGAUCCCUUCUGACUGGUCUCAAUCACUGACUAUCCCAGUUUUCAAAAAAGGCAAGUAGUCCUUAUGUGACAACCACAGAUGAAUCAACCUGACGAGCAUAGUGUCCCAGAUUCUAUAACCACUAAAUGCAUGAGUGGAGCUCAGGAACGAACCAGAGGAAACCAGCCAGGUUUCGAAUCUGGCUAUGGGUUUACCGACCAAAUAUUCACUCCGCCAGGUUCUCGAAUACAUGUCUCACUGAAAGGGGUAUCACCAUAUUUGAAGGUUCUUUACUCGAACACCUGUGGGAGUGUUAUGGCUUAUAGUGAGCUUUGUACGUCGAGUGGUGUCCGCCAACGAUGCCCACUCUCCAUUCAUUUUUAUCAUAGAUGUUCUUAUGGAGGUCUCCCUCUCGUCACGUGACUACACAGAGGUUGACCUAGUCUUAGGAGAACUUGUUAGACCCAGAAUAUGCAAAUGACAUAGUCCUGUUUGGUGAAGACGCUGAAAAGAUGCAUAGUCUUCUGGACACCUUGAGUAGCAAUUUAAGAAUGUUAGGGAUGCGUUUAUCGCUACCCAAAUACAAAUUAUUUCUCUAAGACUGGUCUUCAAAGAUGUCACGGCUAACAAAAGAAAGUUGAGUGCAUUAAACACUUCACUAACCUGGGAAGUCGGAUCAGCACUGGUGACUCAGUAGCCGACGAAAUCUCUGCACAGAUACAAAAAGCCCCACUGACUUUUGCCAACUUGCGCCAUCUGUGGCGCCGCUGCCAUAUCCAAUUGUUUAUUAAGAUUUAAGCGUACUGUGCUGUAGUCCACUGUGUUCUACUGUAUGACUGGGAAACGUAGCCAUUAAAGGUAGAAGACAUGAGAAGGCUUAAGGUGUUUGACCACUGUUGCCUUCGUAGCAUAUGCCGUGUUUCGUGGCGACAUCGGUUAACCGAUGUCAGUGGCGCAGGUGUAUACACAUUAUCCUCGUCUUAACAUUAUGCCGAUUCUCACCAUUGUCAUUCUUCUCGUACUUUAUAUUUCUUUGACUGAACUUUCUUAUCUUCACCUUGCGCCUGACUACCUUUUUACUUGAUGUACUGAUAUGAGCUGUGGCGACUCGGACCGUUACGCAGUAAUGCCUGGUCGUAUGUUGAUUGAGCGUUCAGGCUCGGGACUGCCCGACUAAUAUAUGGCAUCAGUACAUAAAGUCCUUGACUGUUCGUUUGAGCCAUGUAGGGCGAAGGAGACAAGCCGGUAGGGGUCCUCGGGACAAGAGAAACCAGUGGUUGCAGACUCCAAGUGAUAUGGCUCAGAACCAAUGUCAGUGGCGCAGAUGUAUACACAGAUUAUCCUCAUUUUAACCACUAUAAUUAAUCUCAUUGUUUCAUUCAUUUUGUUUUACUACUUUCCACUUCUUUUGGCUGAUUUCCCUUUUCUUCAUCUUCCAUUUUAUUGUCUUGUUACUUGAUGUGCUGAUAUAAGGUGGAGCAACGUGGACUGUUACGCAGUAAUGCCAGGUCCUAUGUUUGUUUUUAUGAUCGGAAACUGUCUAGUGUAUUGCUGAGAUGUCGUAGCCGGUGACUUCAGUGCACAAGGGGGUAGGUUGUCAGAUGAAGCCACUUAAUACUGGAGGUAUUUAAGAACGAUGGUCAAGAAAUAUUGGUCAGAUUAACCGAAGUAUUAGCUGGUAUACUGCAGUCUAGUAAGCUCACCGACUGGCCCUCUUGCGACAACCGCAGGGGAAUCUGUUAAGAUUUCCGGUUCUAUAAUCAUUAGACGUCUACUUGUGUAACUCAGGAGAAGCCAACCUCUAGAAAAGCACGACUUUCAGGUCUCAGUAGGCAUUUACUCUUCGCCAGGUUCCGGAACGCAGGAACACUUACCGACGCCCAACACUAGCCAUACUUUCAGAUUUGACAGCGGCAUUCGACUCCGCCGAUCCAGAGGUCUCAUUGAAAGGGGGGCCGAGUAAGUACACCAACUCUGUGCACGUAUUAAAACCUAAGGUGAGUUGUGUGAUGUCCAUCAAGGAUUUCCCCUCUUCACUCUUACUCAGUUUUAGUGCACAGUGGUACAAUAAUAUUUUAUUUAGUCUUUUCAGAUUAAUAGAGGCCUUCUUUCCUCUUCUGACUUCAUAGACAUUGUUCUAGUUUCAGUAAGCCCUUCAGUAAAUUUGGAGUACGCAAAUGACAAUUCUGCCAGGUGAAAACAUUGGUAAGGUGUUUAGGGUUAGAAACAGACCGAAACAUGGCAUCAAUGCAUAAAGUCUUUGCUUUAAGCGGUUUAGGCUUCCCAGCUGGGGUCUGUGGGACAACAGAAACCGGUCGCGGCAGACUGGGUAAUAUAGCCCAAACUUAUGCAUACAAUAUCUCCAUUUUGAUCAUCUCACUCCCCUUUGUUCUUUUUCCACGUUCUCCUACCACUUUUGAUUAUUUUCCGGCUUAUUACUGUAUCGUUCACUUGGGUGCUGAUAUAAGGUGCGACAACUUGGAGCGUCGUGCAAUAAUGCCAGAUCCCACCCUGAUCUUGUCUGUCCCUGUGUUUUGAAUUCGUGUUCAUUUAUGCAGUUGGUCAGCUUGAGUGUAGGAUGUAACAUUACUGCGCAACGAUCUAAGUUGUUACAUGUCAUAUCAGCACAUCUAGAAAUAAGUCGUAAAAAGAGAACAGCAUAUAUACCCACGUCACUAACAGUCAUAAAAAGCCGCCGAAAUGUCUUUUUGCAAAUCUGUGACACCCAGUGUAUUGUUUGCUAACCUACUUAUUUUAAAAAAAAUGCAUUUUCGAUAUUACUUUACAGGUGAUUGGUUUCAGCCUUUGGUGUCCUAUAGCCUUCCUUCGGUCAUGUAUCAAAAAGCUCCAACCACAAAUGUCAAAACUUUUCGCUUGGACCAGGAGUCGUGGUUUAUCAAGGAAAAGUAAAUAACCAACGCUUACAGAACUACUUUUAAUCUUACAAUUUUAUGCAGUACAUCUUAUCUAUCUAGAACCCCAUUACAAACAAAUUUGUUUUGUAUGCUUCCUAUUACAUAUGAAACCAUUGUCAUUUCUCGAUGGAAAAGUUCAAAACACAUUAUUCUGCUAAAAGGCAUGUUAUUACGUAACAGGAUUAAGUAAAGCACUAGAUAAUUAAAUCUGGCCCAGUUCGUACUUUAGAUCAGG